UCUUGGUCAGUCUUCUGGUAGCAUGGCUAGAGUGUGGGUGAACAGUGCUUCUCUCGCGUUUGUUUACAACAAUUUCCUCCGAAAUUCUGCUAAAAACCAUCCAUACCUGAAAAAUGGCGUCCGACUCAUGUCGACUCAGGCCACGUUCAAGGCCUCAGACGUGGAGAUCGAGUUUUGCAGGACUGAUCAGCUGAAGCCUAAGCCAGCUGUCAAAGACCUCGUGUUCGGAGUGACGUUCACGGAUCACAUGCUCGAAGUCGAAUGGACAGAAGCCGAUGGCUGGGGCAAACCCAAAAUAUCUCCCUUCCAUUAUUUCAGUAUUCAUCCUGGAGCUAAAGUUCUGCACUACGCCACGGAGUUAUUCGAGGGCAUGAAGGCGUACAGAACCUGCAAUGGGCAAAUAUGUAUGUUUAGACCCGACAUGAACAUGAAGCGGAUGAUAAGAACUGCAAAAAGGGCCAGCUUGCCCACCUUCGAUCAAGACGAGCUCAUCGUGCUCAUGAAGAAGCUCAUCUCUAUAGAUCAAGAGUGGGUUCCUCACGCUGAGUCGUCCAGUCUCUACAUUCGUCCAGCCAUCAUCGCUCACGAGGAGGUACUGAAGGUGGAGCAGCCGAGGAAGGCGUUGCUGUUCGUCAUCCUGUCCCCCACGGGGCCGUACUUCACGAGCGGCUACAACCCCGUCUCCCUCCUCGCCGACCCUAAAUACGUGCGCGCGUGGCCCGGUGGAUGUGGUGACGCCAAGAUGGGGUCCAACUACGCGCCAACCCUCGCUGUGCAGAAAGAGGCAAUGAAGCUGGGACAUGCACAGGUUUUGUGGCUCUACGGGCCUGAUCAUCGCAUCACUGAAGUCGGCGCCAUGAACAUCAUGAUCUUGCUGGACAAAGGCAACGGAGAGCGCGAGCUCGUGACGCCUCCCUUGGACGGACUCAUCCUGCCAGGAGUAACGCGUGCGUCGCUGCUGGAGCUCGCUAGGUCGUGGCGGGAGUUCGAGGUGAACGAGCGCGACAUUACCAUGGCUGAGCUCCUGGAACACUCCCGCAAUAACAGAAUUCUGGAGAUGUUCGGCUGCGGCACAGCGGCUGUGGUGUGUCCCGUGGGCAGCAUCUCUUACAACGGGCAGACCAUCCGCAUCCCGACCAUGGAACACAAGCAGCCUCUCACCACCCGCUUCUAUGACGCCAUCACAGACAUACAAUACGGCCGCACUCCCCAUCCGUGGUCCGUUCCUAUAGAGUAAUCAUUAUUAAUUUAGAAAAGAAAUUACCACGCCACAUAAAGCUACAAAACUGUUUUGAAUGCGGAUACGUCUCUUCCUUCUAUAGAGUAUUAAAAGGACUGCUUUAGUUAUUCUUUAUUCCUCUUAAGUAUUAUAAAUAUUCAACCAGUUUUGAAUGAAUAGAUUUAGCUCGAUGAGAAUCUAUUGUGUAUGGAUUUACUAGAAAUCCUUGACAGGUAAAGCAGCGCACUCAUUAGGUCAAAAGCUACAUAUGUAAAUCUAGAAGUUCCAUUUAUGGACUAAAAUCUCAUGAUGCUGCUAAGUCUUGAGCAGUGUGACGUGUUCAACCUUAGAAGGAAAGAAUGAUUAGCGCAAUAGGUAGAAAUUCAGCCUUGUAAAUAGCGUCCGAAAAUGUAUUUCACGUAAACAAAUGUACAUGUUAUACAGUAAAUUUUAUCGAUCCUGCUGCAUGGCGAAUCGUGCGAUUAUUCAUAUCGCGUUUAAUCUUUACUCUGAGGAUGUUCUACUUGCACAACUUUUAUUUUAUGUUUAGCAGUUCGAUUCGCGGUUAAUUUUUCUGAACGGUUAUCGGUGCAGCUCUUCGAUGUUUGUAAGGUUUUAAACCUAUUUUUAAUUUAUAAACACGAUCGCUAGGAAAUUUUGGACGUUUUUGUUAUGAGCUUGAUUGCAUGACUGCUGCGUUGAAGAUCCAGCUUUGUUGCUACUCGUUGAUGGCACAUCUUGUUAAUAAUAGUAUCUUAACUUAACAUGAUCUGAGUAAUUUGUUGACUUAAUUUUUCUUCUUGGUCCGAGUAAUUUGUUCAGCAGCCGCGUUCAGCUAUAGUAAUUUACUCGUUGAAUCCGUCUGCACUGUUUUUACGAACUGCGAACUCUUUUAACUGAUUCGAACUUUUAUGUUGUAAGGAUAACAAUCAGUUCUCAAGCUGAGAAGAGAAAUUUUUAUUUAUUUGAAGGAGCUCGGAGAAAAUUUUAGAUUAACGGUGAAUCUUUUCGUUGACAAACUUUCAGUACAGUAAUUAAUCCAUCACAAUUGAUAGUUAAGGCUUUCUGAGUAUUAUUGAUGAUUUAUACUUGAUUUUUGUGGCAUGCAGUUGUAUUCUUCAUCAUUAUUGAGAAGUAAUUGUUAUAAGAUGAGUUUUAUGCCUGUGCAUGUACAAUGUUUCAGCAACAUCACUUGCUGUUAUGACGUCGUUGUUGACAGAUAAAUUACAGCGUAGGGCGUUGGUGUGAAUAUCGCGGACAACGCAUUUAAAAUAAUCUCUUUUUCUGAUUAACUAUCCAUCCUCGCUGACCUGACAUAAAGUUGCAGAAGUAUCUCUUAUAUCUCUAUAGUGAAUAUAAAUAUUGACUAGGUAAGAAUCUGAACCGAAGUUUAUUGAGGCAACAAAUUAGACUUAGAUGACGGCACAAGGAUCUGAUAUAGAAAUGAAUGUCCAAAAUAGAACCAAAUCGAAUUAAUAUAAUGAAAUUUUUGGCAGAGUUAAUCGCAUACGUUGCACCUUAGAAUUCAACGUACAUGUCAUGUUUAAAAUCUAAAUCGAUCUCCAAUAAUUAACCGUUUGUAUCUCGCCCCGCUUUUUUUACAGAAUACCCUGAUGGUAUGUCAAUUUUAAUCGAUUCAACUGAUAAGCUAACUGUGAUUUUUAGGCACACUUUGUUGCAUUUGACGUGAUCUCUUUGUCCAAUAUUUUGCGCUAGUUCUAACCGAGCAUAUAUGAUAUGAACAUAUGCACUCAACCGAUUGAGUGCAUAUGUUCUUCAAGUGAAUCCACAAUUAACCAGAAUCUUUUAUUUAUAUAAAUAUAUGGUUGUUUAUUUUUACUUGUGGCAUAUGAUUCGGAAUUUUUUACGCUUCCAUCAAGUAUUAUAUUACACCUCACACUCUAAGCGACUUCUAGAACUCGCUUAGAAGUUUGUGGCAAUCAUUCUCUGCCAUUCAUUCUUGUGUGUAAAUAGUUUUAUAUAUAGUUAUAUAUUUGUUGAAAUUUGAUCGUACAAUGCAUUUAUAGUUCAUUUGCUAACUUUUUUCCGUAGGUAUUGUUGGAAAAUUUUCUCCAUGUCACAAUUUAAUGCUACGCCGCUUGUUUGUUAAGUAGCUCGAAAACUUUCGAUGUACUUAUAUUCUGCGAACUUCGAAAGUUUGCACCUAAUGGGAUGUACCAGCGAGCUCAGUAAUGACUGCGGUUGUUAUUCAUUGCAUUAAUUUAAGGAACGCUUUAAUUUGUUCCCAAUUGCCGCCUGUGAGUUGGGAGAGUCAAGCCUUGUCAGCGAUUUUUAUGAGAAUCAAUGCUGACGUUUCAUGUACUGGAAUUCCUUUCUCCUCAUCGGACAAAGUUUGUUUUACUUGAUCUUCUUCCAGGAAUUCUAAUGAAACUGUAGCCUAGGUUAGCUGAAUUUUACAAUGAUUUGAAAUCGUCGUAUGAGUUACAAGGUUUACAAGCAUUUAUCAGUUUAUAAGCUGGUUAUUGUUAUAUUGUGUCUCCAUAAAUUGCACGAAGUUUAUUUUGUUCUCAUUAAUGAUUGUGCAAAGACGUCACAAUUCCGAUGCAAGCUUUCAGUGUGGUAGAUAAACUCCAUUUUGCUUCGGACUAAUUCGUAGAUUUUUCUCACACUUUUAAAGCCUUGCCCUAUUUUCGCGUUUCUUUUGACUUUCGUAAGAGUUGUUAGUUUUAGUGGCUCUGAUGUACGUAGCUCUCUCUCACUCUCUCUAUUACAUGCAAAAGUCACUCAGACUUUCAUCUGUGAAUUUAAGAGUCUUCCUCAUUUCCUCUCACCAACAUGAUGUCCGUUUUUCCCAUCGCUCACUACAGAAUUCGACCGACUUCACAUACCUCUCGUAAUCGUCGCGCGUCCUUCGUUUCCCUUUGUUUUCCCUCAUGGAAGUUUACAUGAAUGCUUUCGUCAGUUACUCUCGAAUCAGUCAUAUUUGCUGGUACGUCUGAUUUUCAUAAUUUUCUCAACUGCAGAUAUGCUUCUGUGACCUAUCUGCAUUUAUCGCUGAUUCCGGCUGGUUACUGUUUUCGCUAAUAGUUAAGUUACUUCCAUUGCUAACAUUUUUCCUAGAUAAUUCAAGCUCAAAUUGAUGGAAUCAUUUGCCGAUUUUAUUGUUUUAGAUUUUGCAAGUGCUCAUCUUGUAAAACGUCUUCCAGGAACAAAAAAAUUUUUUUUUUUAUAAAGUAUGGCAUCGCAAAUUGUCUGUUAGCUUCUUGAUAAUGGGAUCAACGUCGCGUUCAGUCUGGGAAUUCUUUCAGUUAUGGUGAAGAAUGCUUGAUGAAAUUACCAAAUAGCCCCUUUUUUAUAAUACUGUAUCUAUUAUGUCAUGCAAAUGUUUCCGUCAAUCUAUCUCAAAAAUAUUGACCGCUUCUUAUCGGAAUCCUUUUUGUUUUUUAUUUUAAAAUAAAAUUUAUUUAUUGGUAAAUUGGAGCAUAGGAGUUUUUCAGUUUAUUCUAUGUUGUAAAUUAUUUUUUUCGCCCAAAAUUUUCUCCUUGUGGUUCUGAAAACUUGUGCUGAACCCAAGAUUGAUUAGGGCACGUCAGUUGUGUCUUGUCAAUUCUUGAAAAACCUCUAAGCGGUAAUCUACUUGAACAAAUUUAUGGCGUGAUUUAUCAAGAGGUGCGAUGGGACUUAACUUUCAGGUUGUGGACUAGGAAGCCGCUGCUUCAACGCUUGAUAAGUGUAGAGAGAGCAGAGCAUCUUGAUGUGAUCUAGUGGUAAUAGCUUAGAUUAGUAUUGACGCUCUCAUGUACAUCGCUUGCUUUUCUAUUAAAUGUCUGUGUAAGACA